AACGGUACGGGUACACAUGUGUACCGUUGAUUUUAUGCAACUAUUAAUGAUUUUGGUUAUUGAAUUUGUGUUUAUUGUUGGUAUUAUUGUAGUAAUAACAGCCCAUAAGUUAAAAACCUCACUAAACUUAAUAAAUUUGUCCCACAGCCAUUAGUAUGUGGUUUAGAAUCGACAUAUUGAAGGUUUUUGUAAUUUUCUUCUUUUAUGAAGCAGGUAACUUUACAAAUCAUACAUUAAAAAAAGCAUUUGCGUUUAACUUUAGGUGUCUUCCCCAGGGACGCAUACACCAACAAUGGUAGCAGCGACGAGCCUUUAACGCAUUACCUCUGGGUUACAGGCAGGCGCGCUUAUCACCCGUGCUGCGCAGACGGGGUAGUUGAUAUUAAGGUUCUGCUGCUUUGAAAUUGUCGGCUUAAUACAAUAGUUUUUAUCUUUUCGUGAUAUCUUGAGAUUUCAGAUAGAAGUAUUUUAAUUGGGGUUUAUACGAAUGGUUGAAUCAUAGUUUAAUAAAGACGUGUAUUAUUAAACUACGGUUGAAUGAUGUCAAGAUAGCGUGCAGGUAGAUGGUAAAUAAAUACAAAAACGAGAAAAAGAAGUUGCAUAUGAGAGAGUGUGACGUCACACAUAUCCGACCAAAAGUUCUCUCUUUUCCAAUGUUGUUGUUUCGUUUUCAUGUCCUUUGCUGAAUGUGGACUUAGUCCAAUUAUUUCAGUUUUCGGGGAUUCAUGCCUCUGGAGAGACAUGUUUAAACGUGUAUAAGUCGUAGGUUACAUUCCCUGAAGAGAUUCUUUGAAGAGGUAACAAUGGCUGUAACUAAAGAAGCUGAGAACUCGUUCACGGUGCAUAUAAUCUUCCUGUUGACCUUUGCUAAACAUCGCGUCAUAAAAAGGAAAUGGCACACUAUUUCACAGCAGUGGCUUCGGCUGUUAGAAAAGCAACGAAAGCACAUUUGUGGACUAAUUCUGGGGUUAAUUUAGAUGUGCAAACUGUGCAGAUUGUAACUAAGAAUAAGGAUGUAACACAAGUUGACUUGGAAGCGUUUUCGCAAAUUCUGCAGAAAUAUAAAGAGCUUCCUGUUGCAAUUAUCAGCAUAUUUGGUGAUUAUCGUGGCGGAAAGUCAUUCCUGUUGAAUCUAUUGUGUCAAUAUCUUAUGCAAAACCAGUCGGAUGGUUGGCUUAAAAAGAACAUGGAAUUGGUUAAAGUUUUCCACUGGAAAGGUGGAGUUGAUGGUGAUACGUCUGGGAUUAAUAUUACUGACAAACCAUUCAUUCUGGAGAAUGAUAAAGGAGAGAGCAUAGCUGUGUUUUUGAUGGACACUCAAGGAACUUUCGAUAAGAACAUGACUGUCACAGAAAGUUCGAAGAUAUUUGUGUUGAGCACUUUGCUCAGUUCUCUCCAAAUCUACAAUUUGCCCAAUGGACAGAUUCGAGAAAAUGAUUUGCAAAAUUUAGGGCAAUUUUUAAAACAUGCAAACACCACUGCUAAGGGUAAAGGGCAUGAUGCGGCUGCAGCUCCGCUUUUACCGAGUCUUAAGUUCCUGGUUCGCAACUGGCAAAAUGAAGCAGAAGUUGGGAGCAAAGGGGGAGCAGAAUAUUUACAGAAGUUUUGGAAAGCGAAUGAAACAGAAAAUAUAAAUAUGAGGGAUAAAAUAACUCAGGGCUUUACGGAAGUCACAUGCCAUCUGUUGCCUUAUCCCGGAAGCAAAGUUACAAAACCUAGGGAUAGCAAUGAUUCCAAUCUUAAACUGCCAGAUCUUUCCAAAAAAUUUCUUAUUGGAGUGGAUGAUCUUGGCAAGUGUUUAUUCUCUAAAGAAAAUUUGAUUGUAAAGCAAUCGAAUGGUAAAGCUUGCACUGGUAAAGUUCUUAUGCAGGUUGCGGUGGAAUUUAAUAAAAUGAUUGAAAAUGGAAAAAUGCCUGAAGUUCACACAUUAAUGAAGGUUAAUGAAAUUGUUGAAUUUCGUGAUAAGAUUGAUGACAUGGUGGAUGAAUAUGUUGCUACAAUGAAGUGCAAGACAGGGGGGAAAUACACUGACCCAACAAUAUUGGAACAAUUUCAUGAGGAAUGCUUCCAGAAUGCAUUGAAGCAAUUUGAUGAUCAUGAUGUGUUAGAAACAGAUCAGAGUAAAAAACAAUGUCAACAACUAAAAACAAAUUUGAAUGGUGCGUAUGCGCUUAUACAACAGAAGAACGAUGCAGGAAAGACAGAGGAACAAAAUAAAAUCAUGGAAAAAUUUGGCGUUGGUGGAAAUGUCUAUAUGAAAGAAAUGGAAAGGAUUGCUGGUGGACAACAUUUAGAGGAUGUUGAUGCAGCACGAGUGGUUGCCGAAACAAAAGCAAUUGAAGCGUUUAAAACAUCAACCAGUGACUCCAACCAGGACUUGGUUAAGGGGUGUGAGGACAAACUGCAUAUAGCUAUUCAACCAAAACAUAAAGAAUUCGAACGAAUAAAUAAAGACCGAUUGGAAUUUCUUCUUAAGGAAUUAUCAAAUUUAGGUAAUGAAUGCCGAAUGGAUUAUGUGGAAAUAAUGGAAGAGGAAUGCAAGAAGGAAGGGACGAUUGAAAAUUUACGGGCAGUAAAUAAACAUGCACAGGAAAGUUGUGUGAAAAAGUUCAAGGAUUCAGAAAAAGGGAAGGGGUUUAAGUGUAAAGAACAACAGCUACAAUCUUUGGAAGAAGGGAUGAAUGAACGUUUUCAAGGAUAUAUAAAAAGAGUAUUGCAAAGAGCAUUGGAGGAAAAACGCCUUAAACUCGAGAAAGAAAAAGACCAUUUGUUUUUAGAACGAAAACAAGCGGUAAAGGGAUAUGUGGAGGCAAUGAAGGACUUAAAAGAGAAAUAUGUAGAUGAAGAUAAACUUCAUCAAAUUCACGAAACAAACAAACAAAAAGCAUUAAACGCAUACAAUAAAAAUAGUAAUAACCUUUCAACUGAAGCUAAGGAAAGUUUUUCGGAAAAUAAAGAUUUUCUGGUCCAAGAAGUGAAAGAGAUUUUCCUUAAUGCACAAAAAGUAAACAAAGCAAACCAGGAACGAGCAGAGCGGAUUAUUGAUUUGUUUUCCAAAAAAGUUUUGGUUGACUAUCUUGAAGCAAUGAACAAGGUGGCAGAAUAUGGAAGUGAACCACUUUUGGAAAAGGUGCAUGAGAUUUUUGUAAUAUACCUAAAGCAACAAUUGGAAGAAAGAAUUGCUUAUACUAAGUUACGAAGCAGAGCCAUUACACUAUGUUGCCGUAAAUUGGGAGGCGUAAAUGUGGCUGCGGUAACCCUUGGUUGGUGGGCCUGGGCUAAAGCAGUUGCUAUGGUUGGAGCUCUCACUGCAGUAAUAGGAAUAAUAUUAACUGCCGCUGCUUCUGGUACACUUCUUGGUGCUGGUAUUUUCAGCGCUCUUGUUGCUUUUGGUCUGAUUUCUGAUGUUGUUCAUUCAAGUGUGACUGCAUAUUAUGCCAUAGAACUUGUGUUCGGCAUAUUCGGUGUCAGUGUCGCUCACCUUCCCUCUUACACCUACUUGGGUGAUCUCCAUUCUUUGUUAUAUUUCAAUUAGUGGAUUUUUUUGUGUUUCUGUUUAUGUGUUAUACUUAUUCUCUUAGUUGUGUAACGUUAAACUGUGCGCCGUAGCACAGUUGGUUAGCGCGCCUGUUUGUAACCCAGAGGUAAUGGGUUCAAGGCUCAUCGCUUCUAUCAUUGUGGGCGUAUGUGUCCCUGGGAAAGGCACUUAACGGCAAUUGCUCCAACCUAGUGCACCCACAAAGUUACAUACGUGGUAACUCAUAAGCGGCACGAGGUGUAUAAAACAAAACACCCGUGUUAUAACUGUCGUUUUCCGGUCCUGUAAGGGUAAAGUAAGUUACAUUCAUUUAAAGAUCACAAAAUGUAACUUACUUUAUCUUUUAAAGUUUACAUACUGUUUUUAAGUUGUAUAUAACGCUAGUUCCAUUUUUUACGCGCAUUUCACUGACUUUGUAAUUGACAAUGUGUUGAGAUAAUGCACAUGUACAUUUGUUUA